AGGAAUCUUGAGAGUUCAGGUAGCCGGCUCCAGACCCAAACAGUGGAAAGAAUGGCAAAAUUUCUGUCCCAGGAUCAAAUUAAUGAGUUCAAGGAGUGUUUCUCCCUCUACGACAAGGAGCAAAGGGGGAGAAUAAAAGCUAACGACCUAAUUGUGGUGAUGCGGUGCCUGGGGGCCAGCCCGACCCCAGGAGAAGUUGGAAGACACCUGCAGGAUCAUAAACUAGACAGAAAUGCAGAGCUGGAUUUCUCUACUUUCCUUACCAUCAUGCAUAAGCAAAUGCAGCAGGAAGAGCCGCAAAAAGAAAUUCUAUUGGCCAUGUUGAUGACUGAUAAAGAGAAGAAGGGGUACAUCACUGCGGAAGAGCUAAGAUCCAAACUCACUAAACUGGGAGAACGGCUAACUAACAAGGAAGUGGAUGAUCUCCUGAGAGAAGCUAAUGUUGGACCAAACGGCAAAGUGAAAUACAAUGAAUUUAUCCAAAUGAUCACCCUUCCUCCACCAGAUUACUGAAUUGGAUAUAUAUGGAUACAAGGAAGUCAUGUUUGAAAUCAGAGAACUUCUCAUACUUGAUUGGAUUUUUACAAAACGUAUCCUUCUACUCUAGGGGGAAUGGCAGUGUCAUACCAAGAGUGCUACCUUAUGUCUCUGAUGCAGACACAAGGACUUCUCUGUAAUGAUACAAAUAAAAUUGUUUUAACAU